AUGGAUGCCAUCAAGGAGUGGCUGACGAAGCAUGGCUAUUCGGAUUUGCUGGAUUGGGCUUCGCAUGAAGGCCUGGAAACGGUGGAUGAUUUAGCCUUCUUCUUUACUGACACGCAUGUGCCGACAUCAGAGCCGCUCAAGGCUGCUUGGGUACAGGCAAGAGAGUGCAGAUCAGAUGGUUAUGUCAUUGCAAAAGACUUGCUGCAAGUCGGUCACAUAGCGUGCGGCCCACGGAUGCGCAAGCCUCAUGUGCGUGCUAAAGCGACGCAAGGUAUGCUCAAACCACUCACUGUAAAGGUUGAUUUCAUUCAGCGCCAGUUGCAAGUAAACCGAGCCAUUCAGUUGUCAAUGUCCUGGGCGCCAGCAUUUGGUGUCAAAGCUGGAGUGGUCGAUGAAGCCAUGUUGCAGCGACGUGUCAAGUCAUUGUCUGCGCGUCUAUUGGGAUUUGAGCCGCGUACGGUGAAAGCUGCGCUAGCUGAGUGGCAACGAUUGUGGAGCCAUGUCCGCAGUCAAAAUCCGCCCAGCGCAGCUCUUCAGUUCGGGGCUGGCGUCCCGGCAGUUCUUGUAGAAGAUUACAUCAACAUCUCCUCCGAAGGAAAAGGGACAUCUGUGCCGAAGGCAUGCUACGAUCGCUUGGCCUGGCUUGCCCGACACUUGCAAGCGCCUCUUGAUAUGGAAGCAGUUCCUGUGCCCCGCACUGUGCACCAGGCGGAGCUGCGCGAUUCUGGGGAGCGAGGGCAGGCUGUGCCGCUGGAGCCUUUUAUGGUGGGUUUCCUCUGCAGCCGUGCGCAAGAGGCCAGAACUCAGCAACUGGCAUCAGCGUGCGUCUUGUCUGUGAUGGUGGUCUUGGCGUUCAUGCCGCUGCGAUAUCGACAUGCUUUGCGCAUGGUGCCGGUCAGUAGGGCUCCAAAGUGGGUCUGUUUCUGGGUUUUUCGUGGUAAAGGCAGAAUCAAUGGCAUCAGGAAAGGAUUCAGUUGGUUCGUGCCGAGAUUGCCGGUGCUGGAAGAGUCAUUGCGCUGCAUCUGGGAUGGAUGGCACAGCACGCAAGCUUUGCCUUGCUACCAGGCAAGCCCGCCUGUUUUCAUUUGCCACAUUGAUGGUCGCGCUGUGUCCCUGUCUCAGUUCAAUGACAUGGCGCAGCGACAGCUGGCAGAUGUCUUGUGCGCGGAUUCGCCGCCCGUGUCUUCGUACUCCUUCCGACGCUGCGCUCCCACAGCGCUAGAUUGCCGCGGUGCCCCAUGGCCUGAGCGCUUUGAUGUGGGAGGGUGGCAGAUGGACGAGGCGGCAAUUCGCGAUCGCAGGGCAACCAGAAAUUCCAUGCCUUUCCGCUAUAGUGGCCAGCGCGAGGGGAACGAAGUGCAGAGCAAGGCGCUUCACGCUUUGACGUUCGCUGCUUCUUUGGAGGCGAACGUGUCGUCCUGGCAGGAUUUUCGGGCUUGGUGGACACGUCAGCCAGCGGCCACGGUGCAGUCCUGGCAAGAGGAGGCAGCAACCUACGCGGACUUCUCUGCGAAGGCGGAGUUUGCAGCGCGGGCCCCAGGUCACCUGAAACACAUGGAAAAUCGAAGGUAUGUGCCUCGCCAGCCUUCUUUGCAGCCAUCGCGACCAUGUGGGAAGCGUGUUUGA